AUCGAACAAAAACGGUGGCCUCAUAUUAUUGGACAGCUAAAACUAACAGUAAUUCUUUAUGGUGAUUUAUAUCCUAAAAGAUUAGAAAUUGGUCAAAUAGCAAUAUACAAUCAGAAUAAAGCUGAUUGCUUGAUAAUAAUAAGAACAUCUUUAAGAAUUCUAGGAGUAAAAGCUUUAAUAAAAGACUUUGCUAGAGCAGUUCAUAGUUGUAAAGGUUGUGUGAUAUUGGUGAAUACUACAGAUGUAGUUACUAAAGAAUAA